AUGAACUUCCCACCUCCACAAAAGGUACUUUACUUGCUGAAAAUGAUGUUUGAUGUAGAAAUCACUUCCAAAGAGGUUAUCAUUUCUCUUUUAGUUUUGGUAAUAGUUUUUAUUUUUGUAAAAGCACUGGGAAACAGGGACAAAAAGCAGAUGUCUCCUCCAGGCCCAUGGCCAUUCCCCAUAAUAGGGAAUCUUCUUCAACUUGGAGAUCAUCCUUAUCUUACAUUUAUGGAGAUGAGGAAGAAAUAUGGUGAUGUAUUUCUUAUCAUACUGGGAAUGGUCCCUGUUGUUGUGGUGAAUGGUGAAGAAAUGGUGAAGAAAGGCUUACUCAAAGAGGGAGAGAAUUUUGCUGGCAGACCCCACAUGCAUACAUUUUCUUUCUUUGCUGAGGGCAAAAGUCUUUCAUUUUCAGUGAACUAUGGAGAGAGUUGGAAGCUCCAUAAGAAACUCGCCAUAAAUGCCUUAAGAUCCUUUUCCAAAGCAGAAGCAAAAUCCUCUACCUGCUCUUGUAUCCUAGAGGAACAUGUCACUGAAGAAGUUUCUGAAUUAGUAAAAGUCUUCACAAAACUGUCAUUGAAGCAAGGCAGCUUUGACCCUAAAAGUCCCAUUACUUGUGCUGUUGCUAAUGUUGUCUGUGCCUUAUGCUUUGGCAAGAGGUAUGACCACUUUGAUGAGGAGUUUCUCAGAGUGAUUAAAACAAAUGAAGAACUCUUGAAAGCCUCAAGUGCGGCUAACCCAGAUGAUUUUAUCCCAUGCUUUCGCUGCCUCCUGCUGCGUAUUAUAAAUGCUCCUCGUGAGUUUUAUCAUCAACUAAAUAGGUUUCUUGAACAGCAUGUACAAGAUCAUAUUGCCACAUUUGAUAAGAAUCAUCUCAGAGAUAUCACUGAUGCUCUGGUUGGUAUAUGUCAAGACAAAAGUGCCACAACAAAGACUGCUACCUUAAGUGACGAUGAGAUCAUAAGUACUGUGAGUGACAUCUUUGGAGCUGGGUUUGACACAGUAUCAACAUUUCUAAGUUGGAGCUUUCUCUACUUGAUUUACUACCCAGAAGUACAAGCAAAAAUCCAUGAAGAAAUUGAUGGAAAUAUUGGCCUCAAACCACCCAGAUUUGAAGACAGAAAGAAUUUACCCUACACAGAAGCUUUUAUAAAUGAAAUCUUCAGGCAUACUACGUUUAUUCCAUUCACUAUCCCUCACUGUGCUACCACAAACACUACUCUCAGUGGAUAUUUCAUUCCUUGGAAAACCUGUGUGUUUUUUAAUAUGUAUCAAGUAAACCAUGAUGAGCAAUGGGGUUAAGCGACUUGCCCAGGAUCACACA